AUGGGCGGCGGCCUGGAAGCUGGUAACGCCACUAUGACCAUGCACACCGAGUGCGAUGGCUCUCUGGACAUCUCCAGGAAGGGAAGCUGGCAAGGCCACAUCCUGCCUGGCUCGGUGUUUGUCAUGUGGGGGGCCUGGUGGGCGUACAACGUCUGCCUGGCAGUGCUGAAGGCCAAUCAUUCCCGGCCCUACGCGGCGCAGCCUUGGUUCAGGAUGGGCCUGAAGCGCUUCUACUGGAUGGAACCCCUGCUGAAGAUCAUAUUGCCACCCCUGGCCGUGUCUGUGGAGCUCUACUUUGAUCACACCGCCUUCAGGUAUCUGUACUGCCCCAAGGGCACCCAGUAUGCUGGCCGGUACGCCGUCACCCACAUGAACAACUGGCAGCACACCUCCAUCUACCCCGCCUUCCUCGUCUCUGGGGUGACAGACGUGCUGUGCCUGCUGGGCGUCCCCCUCCCGCCUGGCACCGGACAGAGCGUGCUGGCGCUGGCCUUCGGCGUCAUGUCCUUCAUCAUGGGCUCCCACCGCAAGCACGAGCCGCUGGACGCCGCCGUCCACCUCCUCCUCUUCUACUCCAUGCUCCUGGUCACCGCCGCGCUCCUGGCCGAGCUAGCGCGCCCCUCAUCCCCGGCGCUGGGCCUGGCCCGCGCCUGGGCCGCCGUCUUCCUGGGCGCCUGGCUGUGCGAGGUGGGGGUCAUCGAGUUCGACGGCCUGCCGCAGUGGUCCACAGACUACGCAGGGUCCGCCAUGUUUGCGCCCGUGGUCUGGGCCAUGAUCGGCCUGCUGGGCCUGGACCCCAAGGUCGAGCCGCGCCAGGCAUCCAUGGGCCCCGACGCCGGCGCGGGGCAAACAUACACGCCCGUCUCCGACGGCCAGCGCUGGCCCGCCGCCUUCCACAUCGACGUCUAG